CACACACACAAGCACACAAUCUCAAACAUUCUGUCCCAAUCUCCACCCCGUCCUCUACUCGUCCCACUUUUUUACCAUCCCCCCUUCCCUCCUCCCCCUCUUUUCUGUUGUGAAACACUAAAAUCUGCGCACCUCACCCACAGACAGUUGAAGAGAUGGACACAAAUGCAGGUAUCGAGCCUAUGAGAAUGACUGAGGGCCCAAGCACACAAAUUGCUGGUGGCACUAAACCUCUACACCGCUUCCUCAGAGGAGAGCCAAAAACAGUUGGGAUUGUCCUCUUGUUCCUUGGCUUGUGUAUGUUCUUGUUCGGGAUUCCUGUGAAUGAGGACGUUUUGGAAUCAUCAACAGAUAUGUAUAGCCCCUUUUGGCUGGGCACCAUGUACUUUAUUUGCGGUGUUCUCUACAUACAGUCAGAACGCAACACCACGAAAAAGAUCGUGACAAUAAGUCUUGCGUUUAGUAUCAUCUCAAUACUGGGAACUAUAGUUGGUGCUAUAAAAUUUAUCAAAGUUUUAGUCUUGAGCUCUCAAUUAUAUAUUGCUCAAGAUUAUUACAAUUACAAUGACACUGACCUGGAAACUGAACAUUAUGUGCUGCACUACAGACUGGAAGCCGUGUUCCUAUUCCACAGCUUGGUGGCAGGAGUGAUUCUAAUCUCCAUGUCGGUGUUUGCUCGUCUGGCGCUGCGCUCAAGUCAAUCAAAGAUGUUCGUGGUGAUGCGUUAUCCACCUUCAGCAGAGUGAGAUCCCGGGUGAACACCAAACACCAGUCUGUGAUUCAUAUCAGAAAUAGUAGUCAUAGAAUUCAGCUCAUCACGUAGCUGUCAUCAAGAAAACUUCAAAUACCAGGUUAUUUGACAGUGUAAACAGAAACCAAACUGAAAGUGGUUCAGUUGUUAAUUUGUUUAAAUUACUCAGACAUUCAGGCCUCACUGUAUGAUUGCGAGAAAUAACGACUGUGAAAAAGUCUUGUUAGAAUGGCUUUUAGCCUCUGCAAUGACCGUGAAGCAAAUUCAUAUUUUACUAUUCUGUACUUCUUGGCAUUAAAAAAAAAACAAACAAUUGAAAUGCGAGACAUUUCACUAUAACCUACACUUAAACACUACUAAUUCACAUAUGGAUGUGUGUAUUGCCCAGUAAUCUUUUGUAUGAAACGAAACUAACAAAACAAUGAUGUUGUUUUGAUGUAAACAGCCGAGUAUAAUAAAUGCAUUUUUGUAUAAUCAA